AUGAAUGAAAAGCAUGCUACAUAUAAUCGGAUGCAUUAUGGUCCUGGAUUUGGUUAUUUAGAUCUUUACAUAAGUCCUUUAUAUGGUGCUAAUAGAUGUGUCAUGUCUGAUUAUGAGAAGCCUAUCAGAGAAACUAAUGAUAGCUUUAAUGUAGAGUAG